AUGGUGGUGGAGCGAUGGAUUGAAUCCGCGGUGGGGGAUGUGAUUAAGGAUGGUGCUCGACUGGUACAAGUUCGACUUAAGCACCGCUUUAGGGUCGCCGUGGACCGCCGCCACCAGAUGCAGCCGGUGUUCUCCCACGGCUAUUUUGCUCCCACAUUGCAGCGGUGGCUUGAGCGGUUCCGUGACUUCCGUCGAGAAUCCCUACCUUCUUCCGCCGCUUUCUACCGUAAAAGAGUAAGUGAAGACAUCGGCAGAGAAUCAGAGUCAUUGCUGACCCGAGUACUACAGGCUGUGGCUGUUCCAGUCCUUGGGAAUGUUUCUUAUGUUUUUAUGCAUGGCUUGAAUCGUGUUCAGAUAUAUGGCGCCGAGAAACUUCAGCAGGCAGUUCUGCAUAGACCACGUGAUAAGUCUCUGGUUACGGUUAGCAACCAUGUUGCUUCUGUUGAUGAUCCCUUGGUUAUUUCUUCCUUACUUCCCCCCAGUGUUCUUUUAGAUGCUAAUAAGCUGAGGUGGACUUUAUGUGCAACUGAUCGAUGUUUUCGUAACUCCUUCACAUCCGCAUUUUUCAAGCAUGUCAAAGUGCUACCUGUUUCUCGUGGGAAUGGAAUUUACCAGAAGGGAAUGGACAUUGCUAUUUCAAAACUGAAUCGUGGUGAGUGGGUUCACAUAUUUCCUGAAGGUAGUCGCUCUCGAGAUGGUGGCAAAACCAUAGCUAAAGUUAAGAGAGGAGUUGGAAGGAUGAUCCUUGAUGCUGACAAUGCACCAAUUGUUCUGCCGUUUGUUCAUUCAGGGAUGGAAGAAGUAAUGCCUGUUGGGGCCAAACUUCCCCGUGUUGGCAAAACGGUUACUGUCCUCGUUGGCGAUCCUAUUAAUUUUGACGAUUUACUCGCAGCAGAGAAACAGCAGAAGUUAUGCAGAAAGAAGCUUUAUGAUGCUAUGAGUGAAAGAAUAGGAGAUCGACUACAGAAGUUGAAAGCACAAGUUGAUAGGUUAAAGAUUCAACAAUCACUUCAAUUACAAAAUUACCCCACAAAGGUUAACAAUAAAUCUGCUGGAAUUUUGCGCCAAGUGGAUUGGGAAUCACUUGGUGAAGGAGAGGAAGGGCAUACUCGAGUUGAAGAUUAUUUAACAUCAAAGGCACCACUUCCAUUGCUGGAAUCAGAUGCAGAAAAUUUCCAUUUAAAAGAAAGAAGUUCGAUAUCCAUGAUGGACUUUUUUAGUGAUGGUGGAAUAAGCUCUAGAAUCCGGCGCUUGAAGGAUUCAACCGAAUUGAUGGGUUUUGCUGCGAGAUCUGUAUUCCCUAACGAUAGAACAUACGGAAACAAAGAUAAAGUCGCCAGGAGUGAGUCAAUUGAAGACAUGGAAUGACUCAUGGAAGGCGUCACGCGAAAAGUUGUACGCUCUGGCUUAGAAAGCUUAAGAAGGUAUAGUUGAUACUUAGAUGUCAAAUGACUUGAAAAAAUUUUCUUUUGUCUGCUUGGAUGGAGAGAGGUUGUUUGCUUUUUGCAGGUAGAGAUUAACAGUUUAACUUGAGGAGUCGGUUUACAAUUUUGCAGAUUAGAUUUCAUAUUGUGGUUGUACAUAACUUUAACAAUAAUACCCAACGGUGAGGGUUAACCAAAAGUUAAUACUCCUUCCAUCCCUGCAAGGGAUCUUGUUGUCUUUCCUUUUAAGACGGAGAGAUUGAUACCUCUUUAAACAUGAUGAAUAGAAUAAGGCAAUAAGAGAAAGGGAU